UAUUAUAUUUACAUGACUCAUACAAUAUCCACUAUUUUGUUAGAUAUAAUAUGAGGAUCGAUAUUUUUAAUGAGACUUGAGAUUUGAGAACAAAGUGGUGUAGAGACUAGAGAGUGCGUGAAACUGUGAAUUUUUAUAUGUUACAGUUCAGAACGGAAAAAAUUAUAUCCUAUGAUGUCAAAUAGACCGAACAUGUUGACUUUGUUGGACUUUACGAAUCGACUCUAAGUUUGAUGUUUAUCCAGUGCAUUAUAUUAUUAAAAGAUGGUGUCGACUCUAUUGAACUUGACCAAUCAGUUUUUUUUUUUUUUCAUCUGGUAAGUUAAUAUUAAGCUUAAAGCAGCAGCAUAUCGUAACUUACAACCAGUAUCAAACAAGAGUAAAAGAGAUUCUAACCCAACCACUCCGUAAACCCAUACAUCACCCCAAAAAAAUUCAUCAUCUAGAUCAACCUAAUCAGCCAAAACCCAGAAACAGUCACAGACAAACCAAACUACAAAGAAGAGACAGUUUCCUCAUUAACAAAGAUAUCCAUCAGCCAUCGUGGAGCUCCUGCAGCAACAUAAGAUUGACCAAAACCAUAUUUGAUAACACUUUGAGCAAUGAGGAAAGCCCCUCUAUUAGUUAAUCUAUCUUCUUUGAUAAUCUUCCACCGUUCCAAACUCCUUAAUCUUCCCAUCAACUCGAUGUGUUGACAUCUGAAAUUUGGCCAAGCUUUUGGUCUCAAAAUAACCUUUGAGAAAGUAUCAUCAUCUAAAGCUAUGAUAACUUUGUUGAGAUGAUGAGCCUGCAAACUGUCUACAGUCCACAAUAGACUUUGAUAGGUAGCUUCAUCAGCAGUUCUGGUAUUAACAAAAGCCGUGCGGCUGUGUAAUAAUACCUUUCCUUUCUCAUUCCUUAAAACCCAAGCAGACCAAUCAGUUAGGAUAAUUUUUUUUGAAACAAGAUAUAAACUCACUAAACGAAUUUGCUUACAACAAUUUUUUUGUUUACUUUCUUUUUUUUGAAUUAUACAAGAAUAUCCUAGUCCUACGGAAAUGGUCUAGACUAGUCACGUAUUACCACGUGUUGGUCUCUUGGUUUUAACGAUGCCAAAAUAUUAAUUCCUCAGGAGCCAAGAUUAGAACCCUGGUGACUUUACCGUAUUAAACUUUUGUCCUCAAUUUAAUCAUUACCAAACCACAAGUCCUGGUUACUUUAAAAAAAAAUAAUAGAUGGCAACAAGAUACCAAAAAGGAAUUUUUUUAAAAAAAGUUAAAUAUGAGUCAAUUUGGCAACUCUUAGGAUAUAAACGUUGACCAGUGAACGGCGAGGAAUAAUGCAUUUCCUAACAUUCCUAAAAAAUAUCACCAUUCACAAAGAAUAUUUUUUUCUUUUCAUUCCCUACAAUUUUUUUAGAGAAAUAAAGAACAAAAAUAUUCCUUGUUAAAUUUGAGAAGGAACAACCAUUCAUUUUUAUUUCUGUAGUUUUAUUUAUUUACGUUCAUUUUCUGUUUGUUCCUAUUGUUUCCAGAAUGGUCACUAGUUGAACCAUUAGUUGAAUAAACCAAAUACACUUUAUUUUUUUGAAGAAAUAAAAAAGGAAGCAAUUAGAAUAAAAAUGUAUAAUAUGAGUCGAUUUGUGGCAACUGUUAAUUAACUGAACCAAAAUUAAAAAAAUAAAAGCUUAUUAACCAUGUAACCAAAGGAAAAAGUACAUAGUCCUUAAAUAACACUUGUAAAACGAAAACAAAAACAAUAUUCGGAGAAUAGUAAAACUAAACUUGGAGCCCAAGAGUUCUAAAGUGGAAACAUAUAUCACGAGACACAUCCUAUAUAUAUCUCAAGACAUACCCUAAACAUAACCAAGUCCUGGUGAAAAUAAGAAUAAAAAGAAAAAGUUUUUUCGAAAAAAAAGGGAAAUAUUCCUUAAAUAAUAUUUGCACAGUAAAAACAAAAACAAUAAUUUGGAAAACAAAAACAAUGAAUUUAGUCCCAUGUUUCUUAUAAGUCAAAAGUCAGAUUUUUUAUUUAUUUAAAGAAUAUCACUUCGUAUGUCGGUAAAACGUAGGUAAACUUAUGUUAACAGAAGUCUUUAAUUUUUGUCUCUGGUGAAACGAAGAAGUCUUCAAACACUCAAAAUUACGAAAAAAAACAAAACACAUCGGAAAGAAAGGAAAGUUUAUUAGAAUGACUUAAAUUAGUUUAGAAAUUACUAGAAUAACGCUUAAAAGUUUUAAAUUACCAAAAAUAUUUUAUAGUCGAAAAUACCCUUAACUAUAGUUAUGAUAAAAAAACAAUAUUACAAAAGUGCCAUUUGAAAUUAUUAAAAAAAUUUCGACGGCAGAUUUAUUUAACGAAAAACAAAUCUAUCGGAAUAGAAAUCUGUUAAAUUAAAUUGUUGUAAGAUUUAUAUCUGCCAUGUAUUUGGUGACAGAUUUUUCUGUUACGAUGUUUUUAAGCUGGCAGAUGUGUUUGGCCGAUUUAAGAUUGUCGAUAGAUUUAUCUUAAUUUUAAUAAUACUUCAAUGAUCAUGAGGCACUUCUCUUCACCCGUGAAAGGGUUUUUUUUUUUUUCAAAUUAUAUCCCUAAAAAUACUUCAAUGGCAAACUUGUAAUUACUGAAAACUAGGUUGGAUUUUAUGUACUUUUGCUUGGUAUAUGUGUUAUGCUAGUAAUUACAAUAUUUUUAGAGUUAGUUGAGUAAUAUUAGGUAUGAUUGGAGUCAUUAUAAAUAAUUUAUGGGAAAGAAAUUCAAAAGUGAUCUUUUUCAAAGCAGAAUAGUGGACACAAAAGUCUAGUAAUAAUUCAUUCAUAGCCGCCAAUAUCUACUCACUCUCUUUCUCGAGACUCUAUAUAAACUCUCUCACAUGUUCACAUAUCCACACAGCUUAGAACAUCUCCAACCCAUUGCUAUUUUCACCUCUAUAAUAGCAUUUAGAGGUGAAAUUACUCCAACCCAUCUCUAUUUCUUCCUCUAUAAUAGAGAUCUCUAUUUUUUCCUCUAUUUAUAGAGGAAGAAAUAGCAUUCCUCUAUUUUUUACUCUAUAUUUUAGAGAUUGCUAUUUUAGGGGAAUACAUUGGAGCAUAUCUCAGUUCUAUUAUAGAGUUCCCCUAUUUUAGAGGUGAAAAUAGCAAAAUACAUUGGAGAUGGUUUUACAAAAGAUGUCUUCUUCGUUUUUCUCCUCCACUGCUUCCUUCUUUAUUGUUCUUCUCUACUUGGGUGCCUGCCACAUCUCCGAUGGAGCUCAACAAUCAACUUACAUUGUUCACAUGGCGAAAUCUCAGAUGCCGUCGAGCUUCGACCACCACUCUCUCUGGUACGAGUCCUCACUCAGGUCCGUCUCAGAAUCUGCUGAACUGCUCUACACUUACAACAGUGCGAUUCAUGGAUUCUCUACUCGGCUUACUCCCGAAGAAGCCGACUCGCUCAUGACCCACCCUGGUGUCAUCUCGGUUCUACCAGAGAAGCGGUACGAGCUAGACACCACUCGGACUCCACAUUUCCUCGGUCUGGACGUACACAACGCAGGCCUAUUCCCCGAAACCACCGGUGCAUCCAGCGACAUCGUCGUUGGAGUUUUCGACUCAGGUGUUUGGCCAGAGAGCAAAAGCUUUGACGAUGAAGGAUACGGUCCCAUCCCGCCUACACGGAAAGGCGGAUGCGAGACUGGGACUAAUUUCACCGCUUCGCUCUGUAACCGCAAACUAGUCGGAGCUAGAUUCUUCGCUCGGGGUUACGAAGAAAUUAACGGACCUGUGGACGAAUCCAUAGAGUCAAGAUCACCCAGAGACGACACCGGUCACGGAACACACACGUCAUCAACCGCGGCUGGAUCCGUUGUGGAAGGAGCUAGUCUUCUAGGCUUCGCUAAUGGAACAGCUCGUGGGGUUGCUUCCCGGGCUCGAGUGGCGAUUUACAAAGUUUGUUGGAGAUAUGGUGGUUGCUUGAGCUCAGAUAUUUUAGCUGGAAUGGAUAAAGCCAUCGAAGAUAACGUGGACGUUAUGUCCAUCUCUAUCAGCGAAAUAGCGGUUGAUUAUUAUGGAGACAUUAUGGCCAUUGGAGCAUUCGCGGCCAUGGAAAGAGGGAUCUUUGUUUCAUGCUCUGCUGGUAAUAGGGGUCCCAGCUCUUACAGUGUUAGGAACGUAGCUCCGUGGAUUACUACUGUUGGGGCUGGUACUAUUGAUCGUGAUUUUCCCGCGCUCGUGAUCCUCGGCAACGGGCAGAACUAUACUGGAGCUUCGUUGUUUAAAGGAGAUGCUCUCCCGCCUAAAUUAUUGUCGUUUGUUUACGCCGGGAAUGCUAGUAACAAUGAUACUGGAUAUCUAUGUUACCCCGAAACACUGAUACCCGAGAAGGUAAAGGGGAAGAUCGUUAUGUGCGAAGACGGAGGAAAUAGUAGGGUUCACAAAGGGGAGGUAGUGAAAGCUGCUGGUGGACUCGGAAUGAUUCUGGCGAAUACAGAGGAUGACGGAGAAGAGCUUCAGGGGGUUGCUUAUUUGAUACCGGCAGCCAAUGUGGGACAGAAAGCUGGUGACGCUAUCCGUAACUACGUCUUGACCGAUCCCAAUCCCACGGCUACGAUUGUUAUCCAAGGAACUGUAGUCAACGUCCAGCCCUCUCCCGUGCUUGCAGCUUUUAGCUCCCGAGGACCUAACCCGGUAACGCCAAACAUUCUCAAACCGGACUUGAUCGCUCCGGGAGUCAAUAUCCUCGCCGGGUGGACCGGAGUUGCUAGUCCAACCAGACUAGAUUCCGAUACUCGCCGCGUGGAAUUCAACAUCCUCUCUGGAACCUCCAUGUCUUGCCCUCACGUCAGUGGUUUAGCGGCUCUACUCAAGUCUGUGCAUCCGCAGUGGAGCCCCGCGGCGAUUCGAUCUGCUCUUAUGACCACUGCUUACAAAUCCUACAAAGACGGAAAUCAGAUCAUCGACAUCGCAACGGUAACACCUUCAACGCCGCUCGGACACGGUGCUGGACACGUGUCGCCGACUACGGCCACCAAUCCAGGGCUCAUCUAUGAUCUAACGGCGGUGGAUUAUUUAGAUUUCCUCUGUGCAAUGGACUACACAGCUUCGGAUAUCGAAAUCGUGUCGAGACGCAACUACACUUGUGACCCGAGCAAAACGUACUCGGUCGCUGAUCUAAACUACCCGUCGUUCGCCGUUUACGUCGAUGUAGCCCGUGAAUACAAGUACACACGCACGGUCACUAGCGUGGGAGGAGCUGGGACAUUCUCCGUUAAAGUAACCUCGGAGACAAGAGCAGUUAAGAUUUUGGUUGAACCGGCGGUUUUGAAUUUCAAAGAAGUAAACGAGAAGAAAUCGUAUGCGGUAACGUUUACCGUAGACUUGUCUAAGCCGUCUGGGUCUAACAGAUUUGGGAGCAUCGAGUGGUCAGAUGGGAAACAUGUGGUGUCUAGUCCCGUGGCUGUUAGCUGGAACUAUUAAAAGACUCUAAAAAAAAAGAGAACGUCAUGAAGGUUCGGUUUAGUAUAAGCUGUCCACAUAAAAUUUUAAACGACCAAUAAUAUGGAUCACUGUUUAUAUAUAUAAAGUUUGAAAUAUAUUAUAAAUAAAAUUUUACUUGAAAUCUA